AUGGCGACCUCGGACCUCCAGAACAGCUAUGGCCCGGAAAUGGCCGUUAGGGACCACGAUCUUCCCCAGGCCGUGGUAGGCAACGGCCUCGAACCGAUGCACCCGGGCCAGCACGCAGCACUAGCACCGCCCUACAGCGAACAACACGCGAAGAACAACCAAUACAACGGCAGUCCCCCGGGAGCCCCCAUGCAACCAGACGGCACGGGGCGGAAGAGGAGGGUUCUCGGUCUGCCUGUCGCGCUGUUUUGGGGCAUUGUGAUAGGAUUGGUACUCAUCCUGGCGAUAGGGUUGGGCGUCGGACUUGGUGUGGGACUUGGCCAGCGAAGCAGCAGCGGAGGAAGCAAUGCGGCGACUACCAGUGCGAGCGCAGAUGCGGCGACGACGUCUGCCCCGACAGCAACGUCAUCGACGGCGAGCAGUAGUACAACAACGUCAACGACCUCUGCUACAUCUGCGGCUGCAACGGCGAGGAACGUGGAGAUUUGCAACCAGGCGUCUUUGAGCACGGACUGCACAAACCUUACUGUGCCGGUGAACACAUGCGUGGACUUUCCAUCGGCGUACAACGAUAGCGAUUCGCACAGCUACACCCUGGAAAGCCGGGACGUGCUUGCCGACGCUGCCCAGAAAGUGAUGGAUAACUGCAGUCCGAAGACCGGUGAUGGCUCCUUUAACGGGAUGGCCUUCUACAAUGAAGGCUGGAAUGGCGCAGUAUCCUAUUGCACCCAGAAUUGA